UUGAAUUCUUGUUUAUAACAAAAGCAGAUUUAAAUAACGUUCUAGACAAAACUGUGAGAAAUAUGUGGAACACAAUACAAGGGUAUAUAUCACAAAUUCCAUAUUUUAUACAAUAUAAUAUGGAAGACAUUCAAGAAGUUAUUAUUACUUCAAAAAUACUGGAAUUUGAUUCCGAAGAAGUAAUUUUGGGGAAUGGUAUAGAUAUGUACUAUGAAAUAUGGAAGUACGUUUAAUGUUGGUGAACAUUUUGAAAAUCGCACUGUUGUUUCAAUAACUCCCGUAAAAUGUUUUUGUAUACCAAACUAUUUGCUAUUGAAACGAAAUGUUUGGGUUUUAUUAAAAGACCAAUUGAAUAAACAUAUUCCGUCAACACGACAAGUGUUUCACGAGUAUAUAAAUCACCAAAAAUGGUUGAAAUAUCGACAUGAUUUACAAAAUGAUAUACUAGCCAAACACUACAUUCCAAGUUACAACACAAUUGAAAAUUUAUCACCGACAGUUCCCAUUAUUUUUGAUAAAUCUAAUGAUCGGCAUUUUUAGAUGAAC